AUGCGGGAGUCGCGCGUCGCGGGGCAGCCGCUCUGGGACCAGGCCGCCGCCCCCACAGCGGCACCUGCCCAUUGGAAGGAUUGCCGCCAAUCUCGGAUCCGCGCCGCCAGCACGGGACUUCUGCGUCUGGAGGUGUAUUCCCCAGUGACUGCAAUGCCCGCUGAUGUUAGAUCGAACGCGUUAGCAUUUGGUGCAUCGUUGAAGGACUUAAAAGAAAUUUGCGAAAUAAUUAAAAUUCCGGAAGUUAUAAUGUUAAAAAAUAGCAAAAAUAAGUUAUUUAUUGAACAUAUAUUAAGGGAUCCCAACGAAAUGAAAGAUAUGAACCCAAAAAUAUCAAAAAUAAGAGAUGUACAAAAGGUAGAAAAUAAGGAAAUAAGGCAUAUAAUUCUAAACGAUUUUCACAUUUUGCCAACAGGUGGACAUGCGGGAAUGAAUCGUAUGUACAACAUAAUCAAAAAAUUUUACUUUUGGAAUGGCUUACAAAGGGCGGUUCAAGAUUUUGUAAGUAAAUGUGAUGAAUGUCAGAGGUAUGAACAUUCAAGGCCUUACGUUGAGCCUAUGUCAAUCACCACAACCGCAUCGUCAGCAUUCCAAAAGUGCGAACUUACGAAAUUCGUUGAAUGUUACCCCAUUAAAAAUAAGGAAGCAACAACAGUUGCUGGAGCUUUUGUAGAGAACUUUAUUUUGCGUUUUAGAAUACCCCAAGAAAUAGGUUCAGAUAAGGGCACAGAGUUUAUAUCGACAACAUUAAGAGAAAUUUGUAAUAUUCUUGAGGUUAAACAAAUUUGUUCCACAGCUUAUCACCAUCAAAGUUUGGAUAGAUGGAGAUCAUGGGUACAAUUUUGGAGUUUUGCAUUUAAUACUACAGUUCAUACAGGAACAAAGUACACGCCGUAUGAACUAGUUUUUGGUAAGGUUUGCAAUUUACCUUCAAAUAUAAAACGACAGGUUGGUCUUUUAUAUAACCUUGAUAGCCAGCCAUUAGAACUUAAAUUUCGUUUGCAGCAGGCUCAGGCUGAUGCAAAAAAUAAUUUACUAAUUUCAAAAAAUAAAAGAAAAAAAACUUACGACUUAAAAAUAAAUACAAUUAGCUAUAAACCAGUGGAUAUCCUUUUAAUAAAAAAUGAAGGCGGUACAAAGAUGGAAGCGUUCUCUAACGGUCCAUACAGGUAUGUGGUUAUCGAAGAUAAAGCUCCGAAUAUUUAG